AUGCAGUUCAAGCUCGCCUUCGCCACCUUCGCCGCCCUCGUCGCGGUUGUCGCUGCAGUUCCGUCGCCGGAGGUCACCACCCAGCUCUUCACUCAGGAAGAGAUGAUCGCCUGGCUCAAGACGACCGACGCCGAGCUCACCUUAUCGGCGACCCUAUCCCAGAACGUCUGCGGCGGCUCGUGCACCGUGUACAACGGCUCGGCCAAGUGCCUCAACGCCCCGGACACGCAGUGCCUCGCAGCCACGAACAACGUCGGGUUCUGCGACAAGGGCGGAUGCGGAGGUAGCUGCAACCAGCUCUCGACCUGCGGGACGCACCUGGAUAACGGGUAUUGCUACACCCCGGGCACUAAGUCGAUCAACGUUGGGAAUUAUUAG